GCCUUUCGUUAGCAUCGAUAAAAAUUUUGGAACGUGAUUUUUGUAAUAAAAGGUCAGACACACUGGCGAAAAUCCAUAAGUUCUCGAGAAUCAUGAAACUUCUCGUCCUUUUGUUGUGUUUGGCAUUUGUGGCGACCUCUUUGGGUCGACCAAAACGCGUACCCAAAAAUAUUUUUGUAAGGGCGAGACAGCAGGAAAGGAUCAUUAAUGGGAGUGAAGUUGCUGCUCAUUCCAUUCCGUACCAGGCCUACCUCGAAUUCGAAGGAUUUUUCCAAGCGUGGGCUUGCGGCGGUUCUCUGAUUUCAGAAAGUUUUGUUUUGACUGCUGGUCACUGCACAUAUGAGGGUCUAGUGUCUUAUAUUGUAUUGGGUGCCCACGACCUGAGCAAAAAGGAGGAUACGCAACAGCAGUUCCAAUCAACUGAAUUAUAUCUGCACGAGAAGUUCGAUUAUGACACAGUUCAGAACGACAUCGGUCUGGUAAAGUUACCACAACCCGCUCAGUUAAAUCAGUAUGUACAACUGGCUGUGUUACCGUCUCGCAAUGAAGCCGAAUUGGUAGGCCUACAAGCAACCGUCAGCGGUUGGGGUCUAAUCGAUUAUUUCAAAUAUGAAGUCCCCGACGUUUUGUACGCCACCGUCGUUCAAAUCGUGCCCAAUAACCAGUGCGCAAUAUACGAUGUGUACGUUCCCGAAAUGACAAUCUGCACCAAAGGGGAAACAAGUCAAGGAUCUUGCGAAGGAGAUUCCGGUGGUCCGUUGACAGCUGACGGAAAACUUGUAGGAAUUGUAUCCUACGGUCCGGAGUAUUGCCAAGAUGAUCUGUAUCCUAAUGGAUUCACCAGAGUAACGAACUACUUGCCCUGGAUAGCUAACAUCACUGGACUUAACGUUUAAACAUAUUUGCUAGUAAAUGAUGUAAUAAAAGAAUUUUAUUAUUCAA